UGGCAGCCAGAUGUUCAACUAGAAAGCCAGCAGCUGCUAGAAGGAGUCUUUCCAGACCCGCUUCAACAGUGACUGCAAAAUACUCUUAACAGAAGAUAUGAUUGUGUUGAUUUUUCUCUUUGCCUUGCUGUGGGAUACAGCUGCUGGCUGGGGGUUCAAGGACGGAGUUCUACAUAACUCUAUCUGGCUAGAACGAGCGGCAGGAGUGUACCAUAGAGAAGCAAGGUCUGGAAAAUACCAGCUCACGUAUGCAGAAGCAAAAGCAGUGUGUCAGUAUGAAGGAGGACAUCUAGCCACAUACCAGCAGCUGGAGGCUGCAAGGAAAAUAGGGUUUCAUAUGUGUGCGGCUGGCUGGUUAGCGAAAGGAAGAGUUGGCUAUCCCAUUGUCAAACCUGGAAGCAACUGUGGCUUUGGAAAGACUGGGAUUGUGGACUAUGGCUUUCGGCUCAACAGGAGCGAGAAGUGGGAUGCUUACUGCUUCAACCCUAAUGGAAAAGCCUGUGGUGGAAUCUUCACAGAUUCAAAGCACAUCUUUAAAACCCCUGGCUACCCAAAGGAAUAUGAAAAUGAUCAAACUUGUUAUUGGCAUAUCAGGGUGAAAUACGGCCAACGGAUUCAAAUUCAGUUUCUCGACUUUGAUCUUGAAGAUGAUACAGCGUGCAUGGCUGAUUACUUAGAAAUAUACGACAGCUAUGAUGACGUAAAUGGUUUUGUCGGCAGGUAUUGUGGAGACGAACUUCCAGAAAAUGUAAUCAGCACAGGUAAUGUAAUGACACUGAAGUUUUUGUCCGAUGCUUCAGUAACGGCAGGAGGCUUUCAGAUUAAAUACAUUGCUUUAGAUACACCCAAAAAGAGUGAUGGGAAAAAUACAACUACCCAAGACAACAAAAAUUACUUAGCUGGAAGAUUUGGCAUUGUAUAAAAGAACAUUGACAUGAAAGAAGAAUUUGCCUUGGAUGUUUAUUAAAGACAGUCCCCUAUCCCCAAGCACCUACUUGAUGUUCCUCCCAGUGGAUCCUAUUCUCCAUAA